AUGGAUAGGCAGAUUUCAAAUCGGGUAGGUGUUGCGGAUGAUGAUGAUAGCAGUAAUCUUAUCAACUUUGAAAGAGGGAUUGUAGUGCUGACUACAAUUGGGGACAUGAUGAUGGAAACCAUAGUUCAGGCGAGAAAAAAGAACAAAAUUUUCAAUGGAAGAGGAGGGACGGAAGCUUUCCCGGAUUUAGGGAGGCACUGCCAACACUCUGAUUGCCAUCAACUCGAUUUUCUCCCCUUUAAAUGUGGUGCCUGCCAUAAGGUCUUUUGCUCGGAGCACCGAUCCUACAAGGCCCACGACUGCCCCAAAUCGGAGCACAACAGCCGGAAAGUUGUGGUCUGCGAAAUAUGUUCGACGUCGAUUGAGACCACCGGGUAUGACGGUGUAGAUGAGAAUUCUGCACUGAAGAAACACGAGACAUCACGGGAUUGUGACCCCAAAAAGAAGAAGAAGCCCACCUGCCCAGUUAGGCGGUGCAAGGAGGUUUUGACCUUCUCCAACUCCAGCACCUGCAAGCACUGCCAGAUUAAAGUUUGCUUGAAACAUCGAUUUCCAGCAGACCAUGCGUGCUCCAAGCACAUGAUCUCUUCGUUUUCAACUUUGGCCAAGGAUGGGAAGGAAGCCAAUAGCAAAUUCUUGCUUGCUUUGGCUUCAAGAAACGGAAAGGAUUGUGGGAACAAAACUCGUGGUUCUACUUCACCUCCUGCACCUUCUGUCAAAGCUCAUUGAUCCAAAAAAAAAAAAAAAAAGUGGAUGAAGAAAACAAAAGUCAAAAAAUUUGCAGGAUUCAGCUCCUAUACAUGUAAAUAGUAAAGCAUCUUGCCAUUUUAGUUCCGCCCCUCCCAAGAUUAGGGUGCAUUAAUGAAUGGAUUUACUUUUGACUCCUUGA